AUGCAAAUAGAGUCUGAUUGCGGGGUGUCUCGUUAUUCCAUCAGUAUUGUAGAUUUAGAGGAAGGAAUCAUUUAUGAAAAUGAACGGCCAAUUUCUGGACUAUCAACCCCGCUUCAGGUCAUGUUUGGGAAUGAAAACAGGCAAUUUCCGUCAUAUCUGAAUACAGAGGAACCAGACAUGCUCACCUAUGAAGAGUCUGAAGACGAACCACGUCUGAAAAUGUCCUGUGGGCAUGCAAUAACUGCGGACAGUCUGUUUGGGUUUAUGAGGUCGGAACUGAUGACUAAUGUUGUAGACACGAUACGCUGUCCUACUGAGGGAUGCAGAUCAGAAUGGAGGAUGCAGGAAAUCGUCCGAAAGGCAGAUAUGACGGAGGAUGAACGGAUUUUCUUUGAAUAUCGAAUCUCUAUGAAUGCCUUAAACAAAGACGACGACAAUACUUCAAACUGUCCAGAUUGCGGGAAUUAUUGUCAGAGAUUGGCAGAGAACAACAAACAAGUCCAUUGUAUAUUUUGUAGCAAAUCGAAAGGCGUAAAUUACGAAUUUUGCUGGGACUGUAAAUCACUUUGGUUCCCAAAUCACAAGUGCGCAAAUUCGGAACUUGAGGCAUUUCAAAGAAUAUUAAACGAGGCUCCUCGGAAGAAGUUGGAUUAUUCGCAUAUUGAAGAUGUUCCCUCUAAACGAAUGUGUCCAAGCUGUCGUUCUUUAAUUGAACAUGAGAGUAUGUGUAAAGAGAUGACAUGCAUUAAAUGCAAGUUUAAGUUUUGUUUCUCAUGCUUGACACCAUGUAGAAAUGGUUCUUUGCAGUGUAGCGGAUAUAACAGAAAAUGUGCAGUUGCUCCUGUUCAAAAUGUAUUUCAAUAG